AUCGGUCACGUACAGACGAGGGUGUUUCUGUAAUUACGAGCCACUAUUUCGUCGUAAGGUUGAGACAAUCUGAAGAUCAAAAGACAUUGGCCCGCUGAGGAAGGUGCGAGAUCCAGAAGCAUCAGCGAGCAAACCCUCCGCUUAAAGAAUAAAGGAAAUUAUCUUCUCAGAUCGUCAAUUUCGCGAAGAAAAGAUGUCUUCGGUGUUCAGCGGCGAUGAAACAGCCCCUUUCUUCGGCUUCCUCGGCGCUGCUGCCGCCCUCGUCUUCUCCUGUAUGGGGGCUGCGUAUGGGACAGCGAAGAGCGGGGUGGGAGUGGCGUCGAUGGGCGUGAUGAGGCCGGAGCUGGUGAUGAAGUCGAUCGUGCCGGUGGUCAUGGCGGGAGUGUUGGGUAUAUAUGGUCUCAUCAUCGCCGUGAUCAUCAGCACCGGGAUCAACCCUAAGGCCAAGUCCUAUUACCUCUUCGAUGGCUACGCCCACCUCUCCUCUGGUCUCGCUUGUGGCCUUGCUGGCCUCUCGGCCGGUAUGGCCAUUGGCAUCGUCGGUGACGCUGGUGUCAGAGCAAAUGCACAACAGCCGAAGCUUUUUGUUGGGAUGAUUCUUAUUCUAAUUUUCGCUGAAGCACUGGCCCUCUACGGCCUCAUUGUUGGCAUCAUCCUCUCUUCACGAGCUGGCCAGUCAAGAGCUGACUAAACGUGCACAUUCUACUGGGUGGUUAUCUUGUUUGUUUCUUUUGAGCGAGAAGUGUUUCUUACUGCAGAUUCUUGUUGGCGAGUGUGAUUGUUUUUAUGCAUUAGGGAGUUGCCAUGCUGUGGUGUUAGGAUAUAGUAUUAGAAAUUAGUUUGCCCCUCUUAAUAAAGUUCUACUUUUUUAUC